AUGAAAUUUGAGUUAAACUCGGCAAAAGUGAGUCGACACUUGAAAACACCGGUCGAAAUGAUGCAAUAUAUCAAUAUUCGCGACUAUAAUCGGGUGACUAAACAAUCGCCGGACACAAUCAUCACUGGCUCUCAAAUGAUUCACUAUUUAGUGAAAGGGUUGGUCAUGUGUUUGUGUACUAUAGGUUGUACCUAUCAAAUUGUCACAAUUGUCACACUAUUUUUUGACUACCCGACCAUUGUGUUUGUCAAUGUCAGGACUAUGGAUAAACUAUAUUUGCCGGGAAUUACGUUAUGCAAUAGUAAUCGUUUAAUGCUAUCAAAACUUAAAGAUUUUGAUCCCGAUUUUGAGCCUCAAUGGACAAUACUGGCAAACGUAUCGGAAACGGAUGAAAAUAUCGAUGAAAUAAAACUCAAACAACAGCAUCUGAUCGAUGAAUAUAUGCGAAAAAUGAUGGAUAAGUUGCCGGUCUCGCAGUUCAUGAGCUACGGUCACACCGCUGAUGACUUUCUGGUGCCCACAUUCUUCCGGUGUGCAUCAGACAAGUAUCAUCCGGACGAGACCUGCAUAAAGUUUGCAAAUGUGAUCACAACAGCCCAGGAUUUAGGUAAUUGUUUUACACUAUUUCAUCGCUCGCGUAGCGAAGUAUUGUCCGAUAUUGCCAUCGAUUCUGGUCUGUCUCAAAGUCCUGUUAGACGGGGAACGGGCGAUGAGGCGGUCAAUAUAGAGUUAUCUGAGGAACCGUUUCAUCCAAAUGAGAUUUUGCGUCUCAAACUGGACUUUCAUAGUAGCGAUUAUACGACACUCAAUGAGCCGGUCAAUGGACGGAUCAUCAUUCAUGACGACAACGAGGCGCCCACCAUAAGAGAGAAGAGCUUUACGUUGACUCCGGGAAAUUAUUACGAGUUCUACAUCAGUUCAAAAGAGAACUGUAUUAUUGGUUGUAUGGCACAGAACACUAUGGAUAAGUGUCAGUGUUGGCCACCGGAACUACCGUUCAUGAGAGGAACUGUGGCCGACUCUCAGGAGAACAGUAUGAAUUGGUGCGAUUGGGAGACAGACUUUCCCGAUCUAAGCAAACCGGCAGACAUUACUUGGUUUCAGUAUUGCUUUACAGUUCACGAACAACAAUGCAAAAGCAAAUGUAACUCCGAUUGUAGUAUAGAUAGAUAUCGCAUCAUUAAGGAAGUCCGUCAAUGGCCGGCCACUGAGCGUAUUGAGCACAGCAUUAAAGGCGACUAUCUCUAUGAAAUGAGACAGUGCUGUGCCAUUGUGUCCAUCAGAUACUGGAGCGCUGAGGAAACCAUUAAUAAAUAUCAGCCAAAGUUUGAAAUAGCAGAGUUUACCUCAAAUAUUGGUGGACUGUUGUCAAUGUGGGUCGGCUUCUCAUUACUCGGUUUUUAUGAUGUCCUCGAAGCUGUCACAGUAUAUCUCUAUAAAAGACUAAAUGAUGAAAAUGACAAAAAAGAUGAAAAUCAUUUGACAACAAAUGUGACAAAAAGUUUUGUUAAACCGAUGACAAUAUACAAUACGACCGCCAAUUAUGAUGAAGAAGAACGAAAACAAUGGAGACGUAAGACAUGGCAAAGGAAGUUCAAAUUUCAGUAA